AUGGAUCCAGGUCAUCAUGAAUACAUCUUGGAAGUGUUCGCCGACCAGACCUUCGUGAAAGACAUUGUGAAAGGAGUACUACACACGAUAUUCUUUCACCGAUACUUCCCACCCAUCCGCCCAACCCUCUACUCCCCAACCGCCUCGUCUUCACACGCAUCAUCUGUCUCAGCGCAAUCCUUACCAAUUCCCCUGCCCUCGAUUCUGGAUCCGCCAGAAAUCUCCACCGCCAUUGAUUCACACACAGCGCUUCUCGUCUCUCAGUUGACAUCGCCUGCUUCCUCCAACUCUGGUCCUGGCGGUUCUCGCGGCGAGAUCGUGGUUCGCUUCUUCGACCGCAAGAGACGGCGGACGGGCAUCACAGGUGGCUGGCUCGGCCGCUUGGGAGGCGGUCAAACGGACGAGGAGGUCUGUUGGGAAGAAUGGUGUGUGCAGGUGGUCGUGGCCAGACCACGUAGUGAAGCAGACCGCAUCAAAGUACGGCGAGCCAUGGAGUCGUCCUUACAAAAGACGGCUAUGAAGAUUGUCGCCAUUGUGAAUAGAGACAGGGACCAUAUUCCCCCCAUUACCACCAGUGAUCAAAACCCUUUCCCAUACAGGAUUGCAGUCAACCCCAAACAAACAGAGAACGUGGAACGAGGAUUUGGAAGCUGGAACUAA